GCAGCUGUUAGAUUAAAGAAGUUACAUGUUAUCAUACAUCAUAAAUACACGAUCUUUAUGUCUCCACCCUCUCAUCAUCUAUCUCAUGUCUUUGCCAUUUCUCUAUCUCCAUUGCAACCUGUCCAAGCAGAAUCACUCAAUUGUAGCUCCACCUCUCAACCAUCACCAACCAGAGGGACCAACACCAAAAACAGUACAGGAGUCUCACAUUUUAGUCGGUUCCACUAUCAGUUUAAUGGGAAAUAAGGAGAAUUUGCAACGGAGGAACACAGUCUAUAUCUGCUCACGCCUAAAUGGGAGCAAUGGUCUUGAGCUGUGGAGUUUGAAGGAGUUUUUUCACUAUGUAUUGAGUCCUUUCCCGCCCAUAUCAACUUCUGGAGUGCAACAAGGAUUCAUUAAUCUUUUUCGCACCUUCAUUCAGGAACUUGUAGAAUUCAGGCGACGAUUUCGAUGUAAUAUUUCUCGAUCAAAUGGAUUCUUAGAGCAAUCAUCAUCAAUAGCUGACUUUUUAAGAUAUAGAUGAUAGAUGAUAAAAAUCAUAAUUUUUAUAAUCAAAUGAUUAUAAUUGAUUGGUAAUGUAAUAUUAUUACAUUGUUGUUUCAUAUUAAUUAAAUCCAUCUGCAAAUACGUUAUUGAUAGUAA